AUGGUGCCUCCGCCAGCUAUUCCGCCUCGACCACACGGAUCACAGCAACCGCCUCCAUAUGCACAGGAAAAGUCCACCGUGAGGUUCACAAAUCUCCAGUCUGGCGAGACAGUGUUCACCCGGCUGCUCAUCGUCGAAGGCACUGUCGAUUCGACCACCAAGGAUGGUAGCAUCACCGUAAGCAGUGACAGCAAGUCUGGAUUCAAGCCUGAAAGGUGGGAGAUCAAUCAGGGCUAUUUCAAGGCGCUUGUACCUCUCGUUCGUGGGUGCAACAACCUGACGUUCGAAGCCCAGCUUUCAGGGACAAGCGAGACAAGCCGCACCACGAUAUCCGUCACAUACGACAGGCCAGCAAACGCGCCGCCGCUGCAUCUUGCCAUCGUCGCUGCGUGUGACUCUCCCGUCUGGAACAAUGACGGUCGAAUGCCUCCUAGCGUCCCGCUCAAACCAGGUAAUCCGAGUGCCGCUGCUGCGGUCAAGGAGGAUCGGUUCUCGCGUUUUCUAAGCAAAGCUAUGGACAAACUCGAUCUCGCGGCAGGUUCCUCACAUAGCCCGGUCGACGAGCACGAUCGCGCACUUGUCGAUACGCCUCCUGGUCCGCGACGUGAAGCAUUCAAAGCAGGUGGUCUCCACGAAGUCAAGCGACGGAUAGCCCUUCAGGCCUACCUCUGGCAAGCCUUCCACUCGGAACAGAUGAGAAGGCAUGGCAUGGGUCGGCGCGCAUUCCAGCUCGACGACGAAGCAUCGUUCGCACAAGGAGAGCGAUCGCUCGAGCUGCUGCCACGUGUCCAUCUGAUCAAGUCGCGCCGGACGCUGCGAGAGUUUCGUGAUCCAGAGAACGCGCAGCAGAAGCCCAACGCCCGAAACGGUGGAGCUAUGCAUGCCUUUGCCGCGGAAGCGCUCGAGGACCCUUCGACUCCGCGCGAGCUUCAUUGGUCGCCUGUCGCUGUUCUGACGCUCGACACCAUCUGGGAUCCGAAGAUGCGGCUGCUCCGAGCUCACGGCGCUGUCGGUGCGGGUGGACCGGGCAGCUUGUCCCACGGCGUGAUGGGCUCGCACUGGCUCUGGGCUGCACCACGAUCGCUCGACCAAGUCACAGCUGCUUUCUUGGACACAGAGGCCACGGACGAAUCCUGCUGCGUCAACGACCUCGACGAAUGUCCGACCGCAUGGCAGACGCUCAACAUCGGAUCUGGUGCCUUCUUCCACGAAGCGGGGCACGCCAUGAACCAGCCUCAUUGGCCAACUGGGCUGAUGGCGAGGGGAUACAUUGAAUUCUCUCGUGCGUUCAUGACGCGGGAACCUGGUUGCAAGAGGAAUCGUGUUGCGCCGGGUCGAUUCUUCGCGCCUAUACACGCGGGCAAUGACGACAAGCACAAUCAUGUGCAUCGAGCUCAAGCCGUGCGAGCGAGGUGGCAUCCGUGCUUCGUCCUCCCCUCUGAUCCCAUCUUGCCAUACUUUCAGCCUGGCGACCAUUCGGCUUGGAUAAGGUGGAACGAGAACGAACCUUCGUGGACGAGUACACCCCGUGGAGCGCUCUUGAAGUGCGACUCUGGCAUCGGGUCGAUUGAAGUCGAAGUCAACGGGGACUAUAAAACGCACGUAGAGUGGUUGAAUCUGCAAACCCCAUCAGGACCACCGCAGAUGCCGCCACGAGAAACGAUGAUCGACGCAUCGUACCUCAGCAACCUCGUCGGCUUCGAUGUCAUGCAUCCUUCCUCCCCAAAUGUCAAGCUCAACGCUCUCGCCUGCAAUAUGCGUCAAGCCGAGCUCGAUGGAUACAGACAACACGCCAUCGCGAGAUCACUUCACAUCGAAGGCUUCGAUGCCUCCCGUCGAACGAUCUUGAAGACACUCCCGCUAGGUCAGGUCAACCGUUCAGGUCACCAGUGGGAUCUCAUCUUCCCCUUUGCCAGAGACGAUGUACCUCCCAUCGAGUUGGUAGCCAUCGACAUUUUCAGCGGUGCAAGCUUCGAUGGGUUUGUACUGCACUAUUCGAACGGCACCACGAGUCGCUUUGGUCCGUGUGGGGGGUCGCCUUUCCGCAUGCAGGUAGGGAGAGGCGAUCGAAUUCAGCGCAUCAGUGUGAGGGCGGGGGCGUGGAUCGAUGCGGUGGAGGUGGUGUUGAAGAACGGAGGGAGUAGUGGCAUGCGAGGCAAUACGAGCGGUGGGUCGUUGAGGGUGCUGGAGCCAACGGAUAGAAGAGGGGAGAUUGUAGGGUUGUACGGGACAAGUGGCGACUGGAUGGAUUCCGUCGGUGCUUAUACGAGCUCUCCAGCCUGA